UAAAUCAGACACCAAUCGUAAUCGAGUGACCCACGUUAUAUAUAUUACGUGCGACUCCUCAGCUACCUAAUUGCUCUUCUCCUCGUGUCACUCUCAUCACAUUUCUCUCUCUCUCUCUCGCUCUCUCCUCGCCGCGAUCCUCGUUACUAAGGAUGGCUAACAGUUCUGAGUCAGAGGCCAGCGAGUCAGAGGUGAGCGAGUCAGAGAUCGCUGACUACUCGGAGAAGCCAUACAAGCAAAUGAGGGACGGGGUGUUGAAGGUUAAGCUAAAGGCAGACACUUUCAAGUGCCCUUUCUGCUCCGGUAAGAAGAAGCAGCACUACAAGUACAAGGAGCUCCUUGCUCAUUCCUCCGGCGUUGCCAGAGGAUCCGCCACUAGAAACUGCAAGCAGAAAGCUAACCACUUGGCCCUGUCAAAGUACCUCCAGAACGAGCUCGCUGGCAAUGCCGAGCCCCCGCGCCUUCAGCUCACCGUGUACUCGGCGGACAAGCAGAACCAAGCUUCUGUCAGUGACGUGUAUGUCUGGCCUUGGAUGGGGAUCGUCAUCAGCCCGUUGAGGGGAAACGAUGAUGAUAAGAGUUUGGUUCUUGAUUCGGCGUAUUGGUUGAAGAGGCUCGCGAGGUUUAAGCCUCUUGAGGUGAAGACGCUUUGGGUUGAGGAGGAUGAGGCUGUUGCUGUGAUCUCUAAGUUCAGCGGUGGUAUGGACGGGUUCAAGAGAGCCACGGAGCUUGAGAAGGAGUAUGGCGUUAAGCGGUGCGGCAAGAAGGACUGGAGUUAUAAAACAGGAGACUGGAGGUUGAAGACUUAUGGCUGGUGCGCACGUGCGGAUGAUUACAACUCUCAAGGGUCGGUAGCUGAGUACCUGUCAACGGUGGGGAGAUUGAGAAGCUUCUCUGAUAUCUCUAAGGAGGAAAUGCAGAACAGGAGUAUUGUUGUGGACGAUCUAGCUGAUAAAAUUGCGGAGAAGAAUGAGGUUCUGAACCAGGUCCAGUACAAGUACAAGGAGGAGGCCAUCUCUCUGCGGAGGGUUCUCAUGGAAAAGGACAAUCUGGACAAAACUUACAAAGAAGAAACAAAAAGGAUGCAGGAGUAUUCGCAGCGCAACGUCUACAGGAUCUUACAAGAAAAGGAGAUGCUGAGCAAGAAACUGGAGUAUAAGAUGAAGGAUCUGGAGACUUGGUCCAAAGAAUUGGACAAGAAGCAAGCAUUAACUGAACUGGAGAGACAAAAUCUUGAGGAAGAGAAGAAGAAGAACAAUGCCGCGAACUCCUCUCUCCAGUUAGCUUCACUGGAGCAGAAAAGGACGGAUGAUCGUGUACUGAGACUUGUGGAAGAACACAAGAGGAAAAAAGAUGAGGCAUUGAACGAGAUCCGUCUGCUUGAGGAGAAGUUAAACAACAAGCAGAAACUUCAAAUGGAGAUUCAAGAGCUGAAAGGAAAGCUGCAAGUCAUGAAGCAUGGGGAAGAUGAAGAUGAUGAGGACGUUAAGAAGAAAAUGAAAAAGAUGAACGAGGAGCUAGAGGAGAAGUGCUCUGAGCUGCAAGAUCUAGAGGAUACUAACUCUGCCCUCAUGAUAAAAGAAAGGCAAAGCAAUGAUGAGAUACAAGAAGCACGUCAAGAAUUGAUUUCGGGAUUGAUAGGAAUGUUGAAUGAUCGAACCAACAUCAGAAUAAAGCGGUUGGGAGAGCUUGAUGAAAAGCCAUUCCUGAAAGCAUGCAAGGAAAGAUUCAAAGGCGAAGAAGCUGGGGUGCAGUACGCCAUGCUUUGCUCAAAGUGGCAGGAAAACCUCAAGGAUUCAAAUUGGCAUCCAUUCAAACGCGUGGGGACUGAAGACAAAAUGAAGGAAGUGGUGGAUGAAGAAGACGAGCAGCUUAAGAAGCUGAGAGAAGAGUGGGGUGAAGAAGUGUUGGAGGCAGUUAAGACAGCACUGGAGGAGCUGAAUGAGCAUAACCCAAGCGGGGGGUACUCAGUCCCAGCACUGUGGAAUUUUAAAGAGAAAAGAAAAGCUACACUCAAAGAAGUGGUCGAAUACAUGACGCUGCAUAUCAAGAAUCUCAAGAAUCUCAAACGCAAAAGAAAGGGAUAGGAAGGAAGCAGAGACGAUGGAUGAAGAAUGAAAACGUGGUCUUUUUAUUAGGAAAUUGAUAAUUUAAGCACCUACGUUGUUUUACAAUGUUUCCAAAUUCCAACGAUCAAUAAUGUUCUUACAAUUGACGGUGACUUUUGUGAGUGUUUUAGACUACAGUUUAUAAAAGUUGUAGCAGUUAAAUUUA